AGUUUUGGUUGCUUUUGUUUUUGAUGCAAUUGCAACACGAUCAUCCCCUGGGAUCAUCUUUCCUCCCUGCAGACAGGUGAGGUGGAAGCAUCAGCUCUGGACACUGGGCAGUAACUCAAUCCCCCAGACACAGAUCCAGCCCCUGCCCCCUGAGCUUCUGCUGGAGAGAACCUGCUGGAGACACAGACCCUGCUGCAGGAAGAGCUCCCACCACCAUGCAGCUGAUGCUCUGCAGGCUCCGAACUCACCAAUGGUGCUUCAUCCUCUUUAAUAUUUUGCUUUUCCACGUGCUGCUUUUUGGAGCAGAUUUACUGGAGCAGUAUUUCCUGAGGUCCUUACCUCUUUCCUACACCGACGGGAAGGCUCUUGACAUCAGGGAGAGAGCCAGGAAGCUGGACACGGAGCCUCUGAAGCUCAAUCUCUCUCUCUCUGUCAGCAGCACAGCCUCAUGCUCAUAUCAGGAGAUAUUUUUGCUUGUUCUUGUCUGGAGCAGCCCAGAGAACAGGGCAAGGCGUGAGGUGAUCAGGCAGACGUGGGGCAAUGUGACAGAAACCAGAGGUUACAGUGUCCUGACUCUGUUUGCUCUGGGAAAGCCACCUCCAGGGACCCCCCAGCUGGAGAUCACUGCAGAGGCUCAUAAGCACAGGGACAUUAUUGAAGGCAGCUUCAUGGAUUCUCCCCAGACACAGACCCAGAAGAUGCUGAUGAGUGUGGAGUGGGCAGUGGCUUUCUGUCCCCAGGCAAGGUACAUCCUUAAAACAGCUGAAGAUGUGUUUGUGGGCAUUCCCAGCCUGGUUGGGUACUUGCUGAGCUUAACACAGCUUGAGGACAUCUACCUGGGCAGGGUCAUCCACCAAGCCAUGCCUGACAGAGACCCUGCCAGCCCUGGUUUUGUUCCCACCCAUCACUACCCAGAGGAGGUUUACCCAGACUACUGCCAGGGCAGUGCUUUCAUCAUGUCCCAGGAUGUGGCUCGCAAGGUGCUGGUGGCUGCCAAGGAGGUGCCACCCUCAGUGCCCCCCGAGAUCUUCAUUGGCAUCUGUGCCAAGAAAGCUGGCAUCACCCCCACCCACAGCUCUCGUUUCUCUGGGGAAAAGCACAUCAGCUACAACAGAUGCUGCUAUCAAUUCAUCUUCACCUCUUCCAACAUGAAGCAGGAGGAGUUGUUUAGAAACUGGAAGGAAACAAGUGAUGGGAAUGAUUGCUCAUUACUGGAAACUUACUAUGGUCUGGUGUCCUGCAAGGUUUUGACCUAUAUUGAUAGGUUCAAACAGUUUAGCUUAGAAUAA